AUGGCCCUUUACAACCUAAGUAGCUACAACAAAGAUGCCUUCACCCUUUUGGGCAUCCCUGGACUUGAGCACUACCAUGUUUGGAUCAGCAUCCCCUUCUGCUUUAUCUAUCUUGUGGCCAUUGUGGGCAAUAGCAUCGUUCUCUACCUCAUUGCAGUGGAGCAUAGUCUUCAUGCACCCAUGUUCUUUUUCCUUUCUAUGUUGGCUGUUACUGAUCUGAUGUUGUCUACCACAUGUGUCCCCAAAACACUUACUAUCUUCUGGUUGGGUCCCCAGAAAAUCAGUUUUCCUGGUUGCCUCACCCAAUUAUUCUUUCUGCACUACAGCUUUGUUCUGGACUCAGCUAUACUACUGGCUAUGGCGUUUGACCGCUACGUGGCCAUCUGCUCACCCUUAAGAUACACCACUAUUCUGACCCCCAGGACUGUUGUCAAAAUUGUUGUGGGAAUUUCCUUUAGAAGUUUCUGUGUUUUUGUUCCAUGUGUUUUCCUCGUAAAUCAUCUACCCUUCUGCAGGACACAUAUCAUCCCUCAUACAUACUGUGAGCACAUAGGUGUUGCCCAGCUUGCCUGUGCUGACAUCUCCAUCAAUAUAUGGUAUGGAUUUUGUGUUCCCAUCAUGACAGUGAUUAUAGAUGUGAUCCUAAUUGCUGUCUCUUACAUCCUCAUCCUCUGCGCUGUUUUUCAGCUCCCAUCCCGUGAUGCCCGCCAGAAGGCUCUUGGCACCUGUGGUUCCCAUGUCUGUGUUAUCCUAAUGUUCUAUAUACCAGCAUUCUUCUCCAUCCUUGCACAUCGGUUUGGGCAUAAUGUCCCUCGUACUUUUCACAUUGUGUUUGCCAACCUUUAUGUAAUCAUCCCACCUGCACUCAACCCUAUUGUCUAUGGAGUAAAAACCAAGCAGAUCCGGGACAAAGUCAUUCUUCUGCUCUUUCUUAAGGGGUCCCAGUGA